GGUCCUCGCGCCGCGCCAUGUGGGCUGCGGCGGGCGGGCUGUGGGGCUCCCGCGCGGGUCUCCGAGGCCUGCUCCGUAGCUGCGAGGCUGCGCUCCUUCCAGGCUGCGCGCGGGGAGUGCACGGCUCUGCUGUCUCCUGCAAGAACUGGCUCAAGAAAUUUGCCUCGAAAACCAAAAAAAUUUGGUAUGAAGGUCCUUCCUUGGGCUCUCACUUGACUUACAAACCAUCCAAGUUGGAAUUCCUCAUGAAGACCACCUCAAAGAAAACCAGGAAGGAAGACCAUGUGCGCGUGAGGGCCCUGAACGGUCUCCUCUAUAAGGCACUGACAGACCUGCUGUGCACCCAGGAAGUGAGUCAGGAGCUGUAUGACCUUAACGUGGAGCUCUCCAAGGUUUCCCUGACUCCAGACUUCUCAGCCUGCCGAGUGUACUGGAAGACAACGCUCUCUGCCGAGCAGAACGCACACAUGGAGGCUGUCCUGCAGAGAAGUGCCGCGUCCAUGAGGCACCUUUUGAUGUCCCAGCAGACCCUGAGGAAUAUGCCACCUAUAGUGUUUGUUAAAGACAGGAAAAGUGCAGCUCUCGCUGAGCUUGACAAGUUACUGGCAGUCGCAGACUUUGGACCCCGGGAUGAAAGAGACGACUUUGUACAAAAUGAUUUCAGGGACGCCGAUGCCCCGCAACCCUGCGGCACCACAGAGCCGGCCAGGAGCUCCAGCGUGUGUGGUAUCAAUCAUGAGGCGCUCAGCAAGCAGAUUAUGGAGUACAAGAGGAGCAAGGAUAAAGGGCUCGGGGGCCUGGUGUGGCAGGGGCAGGUGGCUGAGCUGACAACGCAGAUGAAGAAGGGAAGGAAGAGGGCCAAGCCCCGCCUGGAGCAGGACAGCUCCCUCAAGAGUUACCUGUAGGGCGAGGAGGUGGAAGAUGACCCGGACCUGGUUGGUGCCCCAGAGUACAAAUGCUACGCCCUGGACACGGAGGAGUUGGAGGGAAGAGGAGCUGGCACAACGGAGGAUGGCCACGGCUGCAAUGCAAGCAGGGAGUAGAUGGAGAGGCGUCAGCUCUGCCCGUCCCACAUUCACAGGGAAAAGCAUUGGCACGUGCCGCAGCAUGUAGCUUUGUUGAGGCAGUUGAUGGGGUUAAAACCAUCUGCUCUUCUGUUACGUCGACGUUUUCUAGCUUUUCCGUGUAUCUAAACACAGUUUGCUACAGAAGUCACUGCUGUUUUUUUUCCCAUACACUGUGUGUAAUGUAAAAAAUAAAUGGCCAUCUUACCACAGAUUCUCACAAAAAAAAAAAGAAAAAAAAGAAAAUGGCACCUUCGUACCCCUUCCAGUAUUGUAAUUUAAGGAUGACGGAGAAUGAGAAGGAAACAUAUAUUUUUGGUUUGUAGAAGGAGACAUACAAAAUAAGUAGAAGAAGUGCUUUCUAAGAAGGUACCAAUGGACCAUAGAGGAGGGAUGGAGGACUCUGUGAGGAGAGAGGACACAGGGAGACCAGGUUGAGACAGGAAGUGCCCCUGUGACCUGAUGGGAAGCCAUGGAGGCUGAAGGGAAAGGCCGUGAUGCUCUUGGACACAGUGUGGGGUUCUCUUUCACUGGGGUCAGAUAACCCAGGAGCAUCAGUUAUUACCAGGCCAGAAUCAGCCCAGAGGGUAGGAACUGAAGAGGCCAGAGACUCCUGAUGCUGAUGUAGGCAGGGGCAGGGAGAGCAGGUUCUGCCCUGUUAUCAGAAAGGACAUUCCUACUGCUUCCAGGGGAGGUGCACAGGGGGUUGGGAAGCUGGAGGGAGAAGCAUGGUGCAUAGUCUCCUGAGUGCUGUGUGUGCGGUGGUGGCACGGGGUGAAUCAGUUUGGGGGUCAUUUCCUGUGCCCACGUGCCAUCUGUUGAUUGGUGUUUGGUGUGAGGCACGUGGUGUCUCCCGGGGCUGGCGGUGAGGAGGAUGAGCGUCUGCAUGGCAGUGUGGCAGGACUGCUUAGAAUCCCCAGGCAUACUAGGCACGGGGGCAGCCUGCCACUAGCCUGUGUCCCUCCCAGCCUGGGGGCUGCACAGAAGAGCUCCCUGAGGACAGCCCCUCAACCCAGCCCUUGGGUCCCACUGAGGCCAGUCACUGUUCCCUGAGGUGUAGAGGUGAACACAGAGUGGAGGACUGUGCUCAGAAGCCAGUGGGGGAUGGCAGAACACACAUCUGCCUAAAGAAGAAUUUUAUCUGGUGGUGGUCACUGUUGUGCAGAGAAUGCUGUGAGAGAGACUGAGGGCUGCCUCAGACUGAGGAGUCAGCAAGGGUCCCAGAGGAGAAGAAAGUCAAGGUGCAACCUGAAGAAAGGUGGGGGCCAGACAGAGGGAAUAGUGGACAAAAGAAGCUCCAGGUUAGGACUGCGUGUGGCCCAGUGCAGGAUGAACAGGCUGGCCCAAGUCAGGGAGUGCGGGGAGAGGGGAGGGCAAGGGAUGCCAUGGAGAGGGCAGCCGGACUGGAGUAGGUGGAGGUCCUGUGAACCUGGCCAUGGAGUUUGGGUUUUGGCCCAAAUGUGAUGGGAAGUCAUUGGGAGGUUUUAAACUGGAGGUGAUGGAAUCUGGUU